UCAAAACAAACAAACAAAAGGCGUAGUCAGUCAGAUCGCGCCAAGAGCUAUUGAGAGUUAUAACGCAAGAAGAGGAUCAAUGCGCACAGGAAGGUUGCUACGGUACGCAGGAUACCUGAGUCAGCAUUGACAGGUGACCUGGAGGGCGGCGUGCAGCGCCAAGGGCAAUGUAAAGGCCCGGACGACGCUGGAGUUUUAGCGGAAGACUGCCGAGGUAGCUUAGGGACCAGCCAUUUGUGACCUUCUGGGCGCCUCUGAGUCCUGAUAGUGCUUUAUGCCACACCCAAGAUGGCGGCGGCGGCGCCCGGGCGCAAGCGGAAGUACGUAGGGGCCGGCGCCGAGAGUGAGGCAGAGCCACGCCCCUCCCCGGGGUCUCUGUGGAGCUGCGGCCGCGCCGGCUUCGAGCAUCACUUCCCUGGCAGGCUGGGGGACUGCGAGGCUGCAGCUCCGGCGGCCCCCUCCGGAGAGGACAUGUCCAACGAUGACGAUGCUGCCCCCACAGCGGCAGAGGCGGCAGGUGACACCCAUCUGCUGGGCUUCUCGGAUGAAAUCCUGCUGCACAUCCUGAGCCACGUCCCCAGCACAGACCUGGUUCUCAAUGUGCGGCGCACGUGCCGGAAGCUCGCGGCCCUGUGCCUGGAUAAGAGCCUGGUGCACACCGUGUUGCUGCAGAAGGACUACCAGGCCAGCGAGGACAAGGUGAAGCAGCUGGUGAAGGAGAUUGGCCGCGAGAUCCAGCAGCUGAACAUGGCGGGCUGCUAUUGGCUGUCGGGCUCCACCAUCGAGCACGUGGCCCGCUGCCACAGCCUGGUAAAGGUGAACCUGUCCGGGUGCCACCUCACCUCCCUGCGGCUGUCCAAGGUGCUCUCGGCCCUGCAGCACCUGCGCUCGCUGGCCAUCGACGUGAGCCCUGGCUUCGAUGCCAGCCAGCUGAGCAGCGAGUGCAAGGCCACGCUGAGCCGCGUGCGCGAGCUCAAGCAGACGCUCUUCACGCCGUCGUACGGCGUGGUGCCCUGCUGCGCCAGCCUGCAGAAGCUGCUGCUCUACUUCGAGAUCCUGGACCGCACGCGCGAGGGCGCCGUCCUGUCGGGCCAGCUCAUGGUGGGCCAGAGCAACGUGCCGCACUACCAGAACCUGCGCGUCUUCUACGCGCGCCUGGCGCCGGGCUACAUCAACCAGGAGGUGGUGCGGCUCUACCUGGCGGUGCUCAGCGACCGCACGCCCGAGAACCUGCACGCCUUCCUCAUCUCCGUCCCCGGCAGCUUCGCCGAGAGCGGCGCCACCAAGAACCUGCUGGACUCCAUGGCCCGCAACGUGGCCCUGGACGCCCUGCAGCUGCCCAAGUCCUGGCUCAACGGCUCCGCCCUCCUCCAGCAUAUGAAGUUCAACAACCCCUUCUACUUCAGCUUCAGCCGCUGCACGCUGUCGGGCGGCCACCUCAUCCAGCGCGUCAUCAACGGGGGCAAGGACCUGCGCAGCCUGGCCAGCCUCAACCUCAGCGGCUGCGUGCACUGCCUGUCGGCCGACUCGGCGCUGCGGAAGGCGGAGGACGACAUCGACAGCGGCAUCCUGGAGACGCUGGUGGAGUCCUGCUGCAACCUGCACCACCUCAACCUCUCCGCCGCCCACCACCACAGCCCCAACGGCCCGGGCCGCCACCUCUGCCAGCUCCUGGCCCGCCUCCGCCACCUGCGCUCCCUGUCCCUGCCCGUGUGCUCCGUGGCUGAUUCGGCACCCCGGCCCGAUCGGGCCCCCGCCCCGCCGGCCAUGCACGCCGUGCCCCGGGGCUUCGGCAAGAAGGUGCGCGUCGGGGUGCAGACGUGCCCCAACCCCUUCGCCGGCCAGUCGGCCCCGCAGCCCGCCUCGGUGUUCUGGGCCCUGCUGAAGACGCUCCCGUUUCUGGAGCACCUGGAACUGAUCGGCUCCAACUUCUCCUCAGCCAUGCCCCGCAAUGAGCCCGCCAUCCGCAACUCCCUCCCGCCCUGCAGCCGGGCGCAGAACGUCGGGGACUCGGAGGUGGCCGCCAUCGGCCAGCUGGCCUUCCUGCGGCAUCUGACGCUAGCCCAGCUGCCAGGCGUGCUGACAGGCUCCGGACUAGUGAGCAUCGGCCUGCAGUGCCAGCAGCUGCAGUCCCUGUCGCUGGCCAACCUGGGCAUGAUGGGGAAGGUGGUGUACAUGCCCGCUCUUGCCGACAUGCUGAAGCACUGCAAGCGGCUGAAGGACCUGAGGCUGGAGCAGCCCUACUUCAGCGCCAAUGCACAGUUCUUCCAGGCGCUGGGCCAGUGCUCGUCUCUGCAGCGCCUGUGCCUGGUGUCCCGCAGCGGCACGCUGCAGCCGGACGCCGUGCUGGCCUUCAUGGCCCGCUGCCUGCAGGUUGUCGUGUGUCAUAUGUUCACGGGAGAGUCCCUCACCACCUGCAAGAGCCUGCAGCAGUCGCUCCUCCGGAGUUUCCAGGCUGAGAGGCCCGCGUUGAAUGUCAUCAUCUUUCCCCUGCUCCACGAGGGCCUGACAGAUGUCAUCCGAGAUGUCCCCAUGGUGCACCUGGACGAGAUCACCUUAUUUAAAAGCAGAGUGGCCGAGGAACCACCGAACCUGUGGUGGUGAGAGGGCCGCCCCGCCCCGCCCACCUGCCCUGUCAGCCACUCGGCAGAGCCUCCACAAGGGUCCGGGAGCCAGCAGACAGUGGGGCCUUGUUGUGUGACAGGAAGAGAUUCCAGUUGUCCUGAGACAUUCACUCCAGCCCCCUCGUCUCUCACUCACUCUUCUGAGUACCCGGGCUCAGUGACAAGAAGUGGUCAGGUGUCAGGAGGGCCAUGGAUGUGACGGAGUGGAUGGGCCAGUCUGGUCUUCAGGGCCUGGCCAUGCUCCCUGGGGCUCUGUGGGCUGUAGGCCCCCAUCCACCAGCUUGCCUCAGCCCGGGGACUGUCCCUCUGCCCCUUCGUCCGUGGUCAUCUGCAGUUGAGCUCAGUAAUGUGACUGUACCCACACGGGGUCAGGGCGGGCGGGGUUCUCACUGUGAAAUACCCAAAUGGUCCUGUGAGCCUAUGUCUCCUGCUCCUAUUGAGACGGAUUUCAGGUGUGGUCCAAUGGCACAGCGCUCACCCAGUGUGCGUGUGUGAGGCCUGGAUUCCAUCCCCACCGCAAAGAAAAAGAAAAUGUUUUAACCCAA